AUGCAGGCGUGCUGCUGCUUCGCCCUCGAACGGGCGGCGGAGGGCGAUCCCGGCCUCCAGGACUUUAUCGCGGCCACAAAGGAACUCAUCCACCACCUGGGCGCCUCCAUCGACGCGGAGCUGAUUCGCAUGAAGUAUAGCCUUCGCCUGAAGGAGGAGUUUUUGUCUCGGCUCGAUCUUUUUUAUCGAUCGAUUGCCGCCGCACAAGCCCGAAAGCAGGCCUGCGAGGAGAAGAUUGCCAUGGCGCGUCAGGAGUUGCUCAAGCUGGAACCCGAAAUCGCCCUUUUGCUCGAGCACGCCAAGGCAGACCGCGAUCUUUGUCUAAAAAUUUUGCAAAGCAUGUUUCCAGACAGGCAAAUUAUGAUAGUUGGGGAUAUUAACAAGUACAUUUGA